GUGUAUGUUCGGGAUCGGCAGCCGUGAAACGGAGGUGUGGAGAAACCGAGCAGCACGAGAAAAGCCACGGAGAGAGAGAUGGCGCAGGACCCAACCGGAGCGCAAGGACAGGUGGGGGGGCUCGAGACAAACCGAGAGGAAGCAAAAAAUAUAAUGUAGUAUCAAUAAAACGAGUCUAAAAGGGAAAGAAAAUAUAUAAUCGGAGGAAAGAAAAUAAUCAACAAAGACAAGAGGAAGAAAACACCAGCCAUAAAAAGGAUACAAAAAACGUCCAUCAACCAGGAUUCAGGAGACAGAACAAACCACCACAACAAACCAACAGACUGGGAGGGAACUUUCCCGCCGUGAGGACUCUGGACUGUUCUGUGGACAUCCAUCCCUCUCCCAGGUCACAUAGAUGGUCGCCAAGCAUUAUGAACGUGCAACUGUCCAUGGAGAGCCUCGGCGACCUGAGCCAUGAGUCUGUGGCCGGUCCAGGAGAGCUGCUAGUCGGCCACAGCCCACACCCUCGCCCGGGUGGGGGCCGAGGGCUGGCGCACCGCUCCAUGGGCAUGACGAGCCUGCUAGACGGGGGAGAAUACCACUCCCAUCACGGACACAACACUGGACACCCCGGUCAUCACCUGCACCCCGCCAUGAGUAUGUGCGAGGCCCCCCCUGGAAUGAGCGCAAGCACCUACACCACCCUCACACCUCUCCAGCCUCCCCUACCCCCCAUCUCCACUGUAGCAGACAAGUUCUCUCAUCAUCACCAUCAUCAUCAUCAUCCACACCACCAUCCUCAUCAUCCUCAUAAUCAUCAUCAGCGACUCCCUGGUAAUGUCACCGGCAGCUUUACGUUUAUGAGGGACGAGAGGGGGCUGGCGCCGAUCAACAACCUCUACUCCCCAUACCACCACAAAGACGCCCCUGGGAUGGGACAGAGCCUCUCCCCACUGUCUGGCUCUGGCCUGGCCGGCCUACACAGCUCCCAGGCCGGCCUGCCUCCCUAUGCCCACCCCGGGGUCUCAGCCUCCAUGCCGGGGGAGAAGAUGCAGUUGACUCCCGGUGGGUUCGAGGCUCAUCACCCCACCAUGCUGGCCAGACACGCCGACCAGCACCUCACCUCCUCGGGGAACAUGCUCCAUAUAAACGGCCUCCAUCACCACCACCCCCAUGCCCACCUCGGAGCCUCGGGGCACGUGCUGGGUCACGGGAACCCCCGGGACAACAACACCCAGAGCCACGCCUCAGGGCCCGGGGUUCAAGUCCAGGGGGUUGGUGGUGGUGGCGGUACCGACGGCAAUUCGACGGGUCAAAUGGAAGAAGUAAACACCAAAGAAGUAGCGCAGAGGAUCACCACAGAGCUGAAGCGUUACUCCAUCCCCCAGGCUAUCUUCGCCCAGAGGGUGUUGUGUCGGUCCCAGGGGACACUGUCAGACCUGCUCCGGAACCCCAAGCCCUGGUCCAAGCUCAAGUCCGGCCGGGAGACCUUCCGCCGGAUGUGGAAGUGGCUGCAGGAGCCUGAGUUCACACGCAUGAGCACGCUCAGGCUCGCAGGUGAGCGAACCCUCGCGUGUAAGCGCAAGGAGCAGGACCAGGGCCACUGUAAAGUUGGUGGUGACCGUGGCGGCAGCGGUGGCAGCAGCGGCGGAAACCACAGCAGCAGCAGCCACAGCGGUAAUGGUGGCCACUCCAAGAAGCCUCGGCUGGUGUUUACCGACGUCCAGAGAAGGACCCUCCACGCCAUCUUCAAGGAGAACAAGCGUCCAUCCAAGGAGCUCCAGAUCACCAUCAGCCAGCAGCUGGGCCUGGAGCUGACCACCGUCUCAAAUUUCUUCAUGAACGCACGCCGACGCAGCCUCGACAAGUGGCUCGACGACAACGGAGGCUCCUCCCACUCCGCUAAUUCCUCUGUCUCCACCUGCAGCAAAGCCUGAGGAGGAGGGACUGGAGGAGAGAGCGGGCACAGUUUUGAGUUGAUUUAACUUGGAAAAAAUAAGUUACCACGCUGACUUACAAUUUUGAAUUAUGUCAUCUCAGGUAAUCAAGUGUUGAGUUGACUACAUUUUAUAUUAGAUAUGGUGUUAGAAGUUUUUAGUUAGCGUGGAGACUUAUUUUUUUCUAGUUUGAAGCAGUCAAGAUGUUUUACUGUGUAUGGGGAGACAGACUGACAGACUCAACCUCGGUGGAAAAGCUUUACAAUGUAGAAACCAGGAGAAACUAAGGAAAAUACCUAUAAACAGCGUUUUGACCUUAAAGCCUGUACUAUAACACUGCUAUUUAUAGUGUCCAAAGAAAAAACAAACCAAAGACUUGUUUUGACCUGCUUUAAAAACUCUGUUCUGGCAUUCUACCCAAUCACUGAUCUCACAGCUUUAAUACCUCCUGCCCACUGUCCUUAUCUUUGAUCUGACUGGUCGGGUUGAGGGAGGGCCUCUGGAUGGACGUUUAAUCAGCCUAUCAGCUGUGUGGGUUCUGACCAGUGGACGGAGAUCCUGUGGGACGGGUCAAUCAGCUUUGAGGAGGAAUCUUACAGGUGCCACUGGAAUGUUCAGUUGCCGUUUGGAUUGGUCAGAGUUUCUGUCCGUCAGGACAAACAGACAUUUGAUUGGUCACAGUUUUCUGUCCGUCAGUAAACCCCAGACACUCCAGGUAGAAGCUGCCAUAAACUGAUCUAGAUUCAGAUUACCUUGCCCCCAAUCCUAUCAGUAACCAUUAGAAGGAUGAAAUAAAUAUUGUUUCUGACCCAUGAUCAGUGAUUAGGGGUGACUUCUACCUCCUUCACUGGAAGAGCAGACAGGGGAGGGGGGAAAUCGCCCCAGUAGGAGCUGCUAACCAUGACCCAUAACCCCUGACCCAUUCCGUAGUGCUUUCUUCCUGUACUGUUGAAACAGUAAAAAUGAAAACCAAAGCUUUCUCCACUCCAGGGCAGGUAGCCUAGACUGUAUGCAGUUAUAAUACCAAAUCACUUUGACAGAAUCACAGCAAGAAGUACAACCAAAGAAUAAUGUCUUAUAUUUUGUAGCUGAUGUUGUAAAGAGUAUUUUUAAAGACAUGAGUGUGACUGUUAACACUCUCCUCUCCUCCAUCUCUCCUAUCUUCCUCUCUCUCCAUCUCUCAGUGGUGGAAAAGUACCCAAUUGUCAUACUUUAAAAAAGUAAAGAUCCCUUAAUAGAAAAGGAGUUGAGUAAAAAUGAGUCACCCAGUAAAAUACUACUUGAGUAAAAGUCUAAAAGUAUUUGGUUUUAAAUAUACCUAAGUAUCAAAAGUAAAUGUAAUUGCUAAAAUAUGUGAAAGUGAAAGUAGAAAUAAUUUCAAAUUCCUUAUAUUGAGCAAACCGGACGGCAUGAUUUCCUUUUAUUUUUUAUGUAUGGAUAGCCAGGGGCACGCUGCAACACUCAGACAUCAUUUACGAAGCAUGUGUGUUUUAUGAGUCCACUAAAUCAGAGGGAGUAGGGAUGACCGGGGAUAUUCUUAUUAUAAGUGCGUGAAUUGAACCAUU